UGAGCAGCAGGCAUGGAUCCCUUUGCACAGGUCCUGGCUGAAGUGGGCGACUUUGGUCGCUUCCAGGCCCAGUUGACCAUCCUGAUGGGCAUCCCCAACUUCCUGUCUGCCUUCUUCGUGUUCAGUCAGGUCUUCAUGGCCCUUGAGGAGGCCCACCACUGCUCAGUGUCCUGGGUCAAGAAUCUCACUCUGAACCUAAGUGUUGCCGAGCAGCUGGCAGUGAGCAUACCCAACGACACAGCAGGCAGACCCGAGUCCUGUGUCAUGUUCCGGCCACCUCCUGACAAUGCCAGCCUGGAAGACAUCCUCGGCCACCGCUUCAAUGAGACACAGGCCUGCGACUCAGGCUGGGACUACCCUGAGAACAGGCCUCUGUCCCUGAAGAACGAGUUUGACCUGGUGUGUGAUCGGAAGACCCUGAAGAGGACCUCACAGUCGGUGUUAAUGUCUGGACUCCUCGUCGGGGCCCUCGUCUUUGGGCCCAUCUGUGACUGGAUUGGCCGCAGGACCACCCUCCUGGUGCAGCUGCUUCUGUCGGGCACCGCAGGUGUGGCCACCGCCUUUGUGCCCAGCUUUGAAGUCUACAUGGUUCUGUGCUUUGUGUCAGCCACUGCUGUUGCUGGAUAUAUGAUGAGUACCAUGAUCCUCAUUUCAGAAUGGGUGGGGCCGUCCUGGAGAACCCGAGCCAUGGUCCUGGCCCAGAGCAACUUUGCCCUUGGGCUGAUGGUGCUAGCUGGCCUGGCCUAUGGUGUCCGUAACUGGAGACUCCUUCAGAUCAUAGGAACCACACCAGUCUUCCUGCUCGCCUUCUACUUCUGGGUCCUGCCAGAAUCUGCACGGUGGCUCCUCUCCCAAGGAAGGAUAGAGGAGGCCAAACAGCUGGUCCAGAAGGCGGCCUCGGUGAACAGGCGGCCCCUGUCUCCAGAGCUCCUGAGCCAGCUGGCCCUCGAGAAGACAGGCCCCGCAGGGAACAUCCUGGAUCUUUUCAGACACCCUCAUCUCAGGAAGGUGACUCUGAUUCUCGUUGCUGUCUGGUUUGCGGACAGUCUGGUGUACUAUGGCUUUAGCCUCCAAGUGGGGGACUUUGGCCUGGACAUCUACCUGACACAGGUCAUCUUUGGAGCAGUUGAGGUGCCCGCCCGCUUUUCCAGCAUCUUCAUCAUGGAGAAGCUGGGUCGCAGGUGGAGCCAGUUGGGUUCUCUGACUCUGGCUGGUGCCGUGUGCAUCAUCAUCAUCUUCAUCCCAGCAGGUCUCCCCACGGUGGUCACGGUGCUGGCCGUGGUGGGGAAGUUUGCCUCGUCCUCUGCCUUCACCACGUCUUACGUGUACACUGCCGAGCUCUUCCCCACCAUCAUCAGGCAAACAGGCAUGGGGUUUGUGAGCAUCUUCUGCAGAUUUGGUGGCAUCAUCACGCCGCUUGUGAUGCUGUUGGAGCAGUACCACAAGGCGCUGCCCAUGAUCAUCUUUGGCAGCCUCCCCAUCGGGGCAGGCCUGCUGUGUGCUCUGCUGCCUGAGACACGGGGCCAGACCCUGAAGGACACCUUGGACACCAUCCAGGACUUGGAGCAGGGGUGUCCCCCACGGUCCCACAUCACAGCGCCCCAGAGAAAAGCAAUGGAAGCCACAGGAAGGAUGUCCAAUAUGCAGAUGGCUAUUGUGAAGAGUUCGUACUUCUGA